AUGAUAAUGAACAGCGAUAUCGAUUCUAAUGUGACCAACAUUCGCGCGAUUGUUCAAGGUCUGAACUCGCAGAAACACAUCGUCAAUCCUUGCCGACCACAGGAGCUUACCACAAAACAGUCAUCGUCAGUGAACCAGCAACCUCAUAUUAACGAACUGAUCGAGCGGCGCAAUCGGCUCAGUAAAUGUCUAGUGCGGCCUGGUGCUAGGCACGAAGGCGCCGUCAAAUUUGAGCUCUACACUCGAAUCAGCCGUGAAUUGGCAGAGCUGCAGGCCAUGAUCGACGACCCUGCCACCAGUGAAGCUCAGAAGAUAAACCUCCAGACUGCUAUCAAACUGUAUCAUGAACAUGAGCUCCCAGAACGAUUUAAAUGGAUCCAGGACGGCAAAGUUGUUCGUCAUAAGGAUAUCGAUUUCCGGCGGCCAUACUGGGUUGAGAUACGUCAUUCCCCUCCCCCAGAAUGA